AUGGCUUCGACCUCCGAGGUGAACGUCCACAUGGAGGAAGUGGUGGUCGUCACAACCCCUGACACCGCUGGUCAGACCUCUUCAACAGAUGAGGAGAAAAAUAUACUGGUGGCUACAGACCUGGAACAGUCUGGGGAACACAUUGUGGAGGAGUCUUUGGAUUCAGAGGCUGAGUCUAGCAACAACAUAUCGCUGCCCAAGGACGUCUUGGAAACAAUAAAUGUGGUGAAAGUCUCUGAAGAUACAGACGUAGACGCAGAUAUUCUUUACCCGAUAACCUGUGGGGAUGCCAAAGCCAAUCUCAUAUGGAGGAAGUUUGUAUGUCCUGGCAUCAACAUCAAAUGUGUGCAGUUAAAUGAGCAUCUCCUCACUCCAAAGGAGUUUGUGUAUCUGGCUGGCAAGUCAACACUGAAGGACUGGAAAAGAGCCAUUCGCCUCAAUGGGGCCAUGUUGAGGAAGAUUAUGGAUUCGGGUGAUCUUGACUUCUAUCAACACUCCAGACUGUGUUCAAACACGUGUCGCAGUACCAAAAUUGACAUGGUGGGAUCACGAGCAUCAGUCAGCAGCCAGCAGUCCACAGAGACCGCCCCACCAACCCCUGCUUCAGUCGAUGUGAAUGGAUCCUCAGUAACAUUUUCCAACGACGCCAGUGAGGAUACCACAGAAUGGGUCACGGCUUUAGGAGAGGACACCAUGAUGUUCUGGAGAGGGCUGAAGGAUGCUGGGUUAUUGGAGGAAGUCAUGGAGAACCUACAGAAUGAUAUCCAGGAGAUCUUCAAAAGCCUGGAGGAAAGUAUCCAAGAGCCUCCUCUCCAGGUUAAAGAUGCCGCUUUGCUCAACAAUAUAGUUCAGAACUUUGGCAUGUUGGAUUUGGUGAAGAAAGUUCUUGCCAGUCACAAAAGCCAGAUGGACCGCUGCAGAGAGCAGUACACGCGCAGUUUAGUGGCCCUAGAACAGCAGUGUGACGAGCAUCGCAAGCGUGCCAAAGAACUAAAGAGCAAAUCGCAACACCUCAACAGCGUCCUCAUGACAUUGACCCCCGUAACUUCACCCCCCUCAUCCAAGCGCCCCCGUCUGACCCGUGCCGUCUCAGGUCCCGCCACCGUGGCCCCCACAACCACCCAGCCCAUUACACAGCAUUUCACACUGCCCAUCACUCAGCUCGCCGGCAUCCCAUUGGACAAAGUGCUGUCGGGCCCGGCUCAGUCUCCCCUGAUUGGCGGAUAUACGGUGUUGACGUCCCCCGGUGGAGCCGAACUUCAGCCCGAUGGAUCUAAUGUAACGGUACCAGAGGGGUCACAAAGACCCACUCUCGUCAAAGUAGUCAGUCCGCUUCAGCUGGUCACAUUGCCCACGGUGGGAACUGGAGCCACAGUGCAGAAUCUGACAGCACCAGUAGGGGGAGCCACAGGCCAUACUGUAGUAGCAAUGCCUGUUACCACAGUUAGUACUACGAAUACUGCCACUAUCACUGAAUUUGAACCACAGGCAGAACAAACUGCAGAACAGAGCGAUAACCAGAAGGAGAACGAGUAAAUAUUGUCCUGCAAAGUUAUGUUACGCAAAGCCACCAGCUUUUAGCACUUGUUUUUUGAGAUUGAUGCACAUGCUCUGUCAGGGAGAAAUUUUCACUUUUGCAAAACAACUGGCAUGAUAUUAUAUGAAGUGAAACUCUAUUGUUGCAUUGCAUUUGAUUUAUUAAUAAUUGCAGUUUAACUGCUGUGUAAUGAAACUCAGGCAGAGUUUCUGAAAAGCAGCACUGAAGUUAUUCAAAUGUUUAUGAUUGUAUUGCUUGACCGCUUUCUUUAUCGUUUGUAUUUGCAAUGUAAACUCCUUUGGAUGUAAAUCUCACUCUAUUUAUACUAAAAGGAAGUGUUGUAACA